ACAGGGAAAUGGAAAUGCAGUAUCAAGGGUUAAACAAGCGGAGAGUCGCCCGUCACGUCAUUCUAUAACAUAAUGUCUCCGUGCAGAACACCGCCAAGAGCCAGGGAGGGGCUGCCGUAAAACACACGCAUAAAAUGAACGCUGAGACCCAAAAGAACACUUCCUGUUGAUGAAAAACAUUUGCAGCAGCGACUAUCUGACACAUCUGGACCGGAGUGGGGGGGAGGCCUGGCUGCAGUGAGACGAGACACGGGGGGAAUGGACAACAUUUGAUCCGCAACAAGACGGCUGCCGACACGCUGGAGAGAUACAUCCGAGACAUGGACGAGGGCAGCAACUACAUAGAGUUUGACGUGCCUGAGUUCAGCAACACUGUCCUAAGCCAGCUCAAUGAACUGCGGCUGCAAGGGAAGCUGUGUGACAUCAUCGUUCACAUCCAGGGUCAGCCGUUCCGUGCACACAAAGCGGUUCUGGCGGCCAGCUCGCCCUACUUCCGCGACCACUCGGCCCUGAGCACCAUGAGCGGCCUCUCCAUCUCGGUCAUCAAGAGCCCUGAGGUGUUUGAGCAGCUCCUGGGCUUCUGUUACACCGGGCACAUGUCGCUGCAGCUCAAGGAUGUCAUCAGCUUCCUCACCGCCGCCAGCUUCCUGCAGAUGCAGGCCAUCAUUGACAAGUGCACCCAGAUCCUGGAGACCAUCCACUCCAAGAUCAGCCUUCCGGUCGGCAGCCCAGAGAAGGAGGGCUCCCAGAACAGCCCCAACGGAGUCAACGACAGCAACCUCUUUGUUAACCCCACCCAGAUCUCCCCCCCGUACUACUCCCGGCCGAGCCAGGCGGGCCUUACGGAGGCUCGCGGCGAGCUGUCAGUGAAAGGGCCCGCCAGGAUAAGGCAGCAGCAAGAGGAAGGCCAGUCGGACCGCGGCAGCAGUGAUGACGUGUCGGAGCAGGACGCCCCCAUAGAAGGAGAGAUGGAACAAGUGGAUCUGAUUGGCAAGGACGGGCUAGUGACGGACGUCCACGUCAAGGUUGAGAAGACGGACAGGCCCUCUUACUCGGACAGCUCCUCCGCCGGUGACGACGGCUACCACACCGAGAUGGUGGACGGGGAGCAGGUGCUGGCCGUCAGUGUGGGCUCCUAUGGGCCCGUCAUCCAGUCCACUGCCUACUCUUACUCAGGGCUGUCCUCCCCUUGCUUCGUGAGCCUCAGCGGCUCCAGUCCCUCCCGCUCCAUACUCAGUGGCUACCGAGGUGGGCGAGCCCGGGCCAAGCGGCCGCUGGCCAUCCCCGCCACCGUGCUGAGCCACGUCAAACCCGGCUCAGAUGAGGUUGAGCCCGCCCUGGGGUCAGCGAGUCUGGAGAACGACGUGCGGGAGCGCAGCCUGCGGAGCCAGUGGUACCCGUACAACGAGAGACUCAUCUGCAUCUACUGUGGGAAGACCUUCAAUCAGAAGGGCAGCCUGGAUCGCCACAUGCGCCUGCAUAUGGGAAUCACCCCGUUUGUGUGCAAGUUCUGCGGCAAGAAAUACACAAGGAAAGACCAGCUGGAGUACCACAUACGUGGCCACACGGACAACAAGCCGUUCCAUUGCCAGAUCUGUGGCAAAUGCUUCCCGUUUCAGGGCACCCUGAACCAGCACCUGAGGAAGAAGCACUUGGGGGCGACGGAGGGAAGCAACCACGUGGACUCUCCGGAGGGGAGUUUGGUUCAGAAGGACCCAGAGGAUAGCUCGGAGAGGAUUGCCUUCGAGACCACGUACACAGAGGAGGCACAGGCCAACGAUGCAGAGGAGAGCUCCAAGCUCAGCCCGGAGGAGGCUCAAGCGUCCGGAGUCGAUUAUUAGGGCACUUUGGGAUUAGGAAGCUUUAAGAAAUAUUUCAAUUUUAAACUAAACCUUUUAUUUUAUUUUGUCCUCAACUUUGGUUCAAAAUUGCAUAAAGGGUUACUGUCCAUUUUGUGAAAGUUGAUUGUUGAAUUCAAAGAGACAAUGGGUGCUUUUUUGAAGUUUGAUUAUUUCAAAGGAAAGGGAUUAACGAUUUACUAUUUUUCAGGAGGUCCCAAUAAUCAAGGCCCCCUUGUUUGUUUUCUUUUUUAAUCUUUCCAUGUUUUUUAAAAACAUAAUUACAGAGUUAUAUAGGCAUGUUGCAAUAAUUGAUAAUGUGAAAGCUCUGGUAAGAUGCUUGUCAUAUCACCUUUUUACCUGACCUGUUUUUGCACACGUGGCCAUAAGGCGGCCACUUACUCACAAGGAAUGAUUUUUCUGACAGUGCAAAGCUUCGUGUGACAUAUCCGUUCAAUACCUCAUUUUACAACUACAUACUCAUGACAGUCUUUACGGAAAUCCGACAGGUUCUACCUCAUAGCCAAGAACCUACGAGGAACCGUAGUGUUCACAUUUUAAAAAUUCUGUUUUUGGUUCCGUUUUAUGUUCUACUUUGUCCGUUUUUGGUUUGUAAUUGUUAGGUUGUUUGUUUUCCAUUGCCAAAUCCUGGACAGAGCAUUCUCCUCAACACAUAGCCUUGAUACUUAAAGUGAAAUAUUCCUUGUGGAUUGUAUGGCUUAUGGACUAAGUCCUUUGUUCAAAUGUUUUCACGGUCAGCCAGGUUGAAUCGACGCAGAAGGUGCUAUGGUAUGAAUGCACAAGACUCAUUAGCUAGGUUGUGUAUUUGUAUUGGACAGAUGGAAGGAAUUGGGUGAAGAGACCAGCCCUGCAGUCAUUCAAUACAUGAAUUGGGCUGGCUCUCUGUCCACGUUCCAGGUCUUGUAUCAUGUUUUCAGCGUUCAUAUCACUACUGGAGCUCAGCCUGGUGACCAAGUUGUGGGGGCUUCGAAAGGCUACACGAGCUAUCCUCAUACCUUACAGUCAUUUGCAGUGUUCAUUAUUCUGAUUGAAGUUCUAUACCUAACGACUUCA